UUUCAAAUGUCAACGUUCUAUCUAUUCACUAAUGAUUUCGCACUUUGGGACGAAGCAUACGGAUGUCCGAAAAAUUUGACUACGAUAAGAUUCGAGAGGCCAGUUCUGGGAGGGUUUUUUGCAUUUUCCGGUGUGCUGUUCAUUAUCCUUUACAUCCUCUGCCUUAUCGCUAUGCUCAAACGUGAUCUUAUCCGUCACCCAGCUUAUAAGAUCAUGGUCUGUUUGGCUAUGUUCGACAUACCAUCCCUUUUCAUCGCAUGCAUAUUCACCGGCUAUUUUGGAUAUUUUGGAAUCUAUUUUUGCGAUUAUCCACGUCUCAUAUUCGUUCUUGGCUCCUUUGCCUUUGGUUUAUGGAUGGGUUGCACAUUUUCGUGUAGCGCUCUAGCUCUGUGCCGAAUUAGCGGAGUGAAUCACAAUUUAGAAAUUGGGUAUAUUUUUAAAAGCCAUUGCAUUUACUAUUUAAUCGUUAUCAUUUUCGCACUUCCGUCGUACGGAAUAUUCUUUACUGAACCUCUGAUAUUCCGCACUGAAUAUAUGUCUUGGUUUUUCGACCCAGGAACCGGACUUUUUGAUUCAUCGAACUAUCAUAAUAUUUCUCAGGUUAUCAACAACGCAGCGGAAAGCGUAAUUACUACCAUCCUGUACGCUUACUUAGUAUUUUAUAUAAUAAGAAAUCUAACAAAUGUAAUAUUAUCAGCUCAUGAUGUUCGAGUACAGCGUCAAGUAAUCCUUCAAGCUACAAUCAUUUGUUUUUUCCACUCUCUAGCUUCAUCUGUAUACGUAUAUAUGCAAUUUUUUUACUCCCCUGCUUGGCUUGUCAUUUUUGCACAAAUCAGCUGGCACAUUUGCACGGGA